UUCCUCAAAUAUGCCGUUAAGCCAUACUUCCUCUCUUAGGGGUGCACUCACUUCCUACAUAGUUCAAUAACCACAUCCACGGCGCAGAGAGGCUGACUGUGUUUUCGGAGGGAUCCGCUACUCGCGUUCGGAAACACGAAUCUAUAGAAAGAGCAUGUUCGAUUGCUGAAGAUUAAAGUGCUCCGUCCCCUCCCAGCAUGCAGAGCAUUAAGUGUGUGGUGGUAGGCGAUGGUGCGGUGGGAAAGACCUGCCUGCUCAUCUCUUACACCACCGGCGCCUUCCCCAAAGAGUACAUCCCCACUGUCUUUGACAACUACAGUUCGCAGGUGACCGUGGAUGGCCGAGCCAUAAGCCUGAACCUGUGGGACACAGCGGGUCAAGAGGAAUAUGACCGUCUGCGCACACUCUCCUACCCACAGACCAAUGUCUUUGUGAUCUGCUUCUCCAUCUCCAGCCCACCCUCUUAUGAGAAUGUCAAGCACAAAUGGCAUCCUGAGGUCACACACCACUGCCCCAAUGUGCCCAUCCUGUUGGUGGGCACCAAGAGCGACCUCCGCAACGACCCAGAGCUGCAGAAGAAGUUGAAGGAGCAGAACCAGGCACCCAUCACGGUGCAGCAGGGCCAGGCACUGGCCCGCCAGAUCCACGCCAUCAGAUACAUGGAGUGCUCAGCGCUCAACCAGGAUGGCAUCAAGGACGUGUUCGCCGAGGCUGUUCGCGCCUUCCUCAACCCCCAGCCCGCUGCAUCUAAAAAACCCUGCGUACUCCUCUGAGAAUAGAGAGGGAGAGAGUAUAGCCUUAUUUUGAUUUACACAGAGAUCUAUAUGCUAUAAUUAUAAUAGGAAACGUAUGCUGAAUCUAAAAGAAUCAAAGUCCUGUGAAAACACAGAAACGUAUCACCGCUGUUGUAAGAAAACCUUGUCUAUUUGAAAUGGUAAUGUUAUAGAACAAUGUUUUUAAGAUAGUGUUCUUAAAGAAACAAUUUGGAGGAAAAUCUAAUUCACACAAUUUUUCUGCUUUCCCAAAAUGCAGUCAAGCAGCCAAGUUUGGUGUUCAUUCUUUUGUUCUUUUAGUUUAGAACCGGAGCUACCAGACCACGAGGCUAGCAUUGCUAACAAAACUAGAAGUCAAUAGACUCCCAAAUCUUUUCGGUAAGCACAUGCCCAAAACUUCCCUAAACCCAUAUAAACUGCAUCCAGGUCUUAAGUAGCAGACUGUCAACGUGGUUUUGGAUACUGUGAACUAUAAAAAUGGAUGCAUUUCUGGAGUGAGUUGAGUGUCGAUUGUGUUUGUUAGUAAUGUUAGCUCUAGUUCCAAACUAAAAAAGCAAAAUUUGGACACCAAACAUGUCUUGGCUGAUCGUCUACAUCUGGGGUAAGUUGAAAUUUGUUUAAAUUAGAUUUUUGAUCAUUCCUUCAGUUUAGCGUCUGUAAAUAUAGCCAAUGGAGCUCAGGAGAUUUUAUUACAAGUAAUUUUGGGCCAUUUUUAUUUACCCACUUCUCAUGUAAUGUUUGUACAAUAUAAAGGGCAGCUGGUGUUUUGAAUUGUUUCAAACAGUGACAGUGAACUAGCAAAGCAAGUGGAAUGUAAUCUUCAAGUGAAAAUGGCAAUAAAUACUCUAGCUCCAAAGACAUGAAGAGAUAAACUAACAUAUAAAUAGACAGACAGACAGGCAGAUGGAUAGAACAGUACAAGCCAAAUAAGGAGGCAAUUUGAAUCACAUACUACACAUACUUUGAUAGUCUUUUUUAACGGAAUACACAAUAAUAUUGUGAUAUCUAUGACAGAGUUUUGACACAUAUCUGAGAAAUACAUUCUCCUUCAAAAAAAUUGAAAUAACAUUUAUAAAGUGCAGGUUCGAGCAGCUUUAAUGCAUGAAGUCCCAUUAAUCCUAUGUGGUUUACUGAUUUUAUCAAAAGAGCCAUCUGAGAUUGUACUUAGUUUAGUCUAAUAUUUAUAACAAAGCAUUUAAAUGUCUUAAGUGUUUGUUCAGCUCUAGUGUAAGAUCUCUAGACUUCCGGUGCACUCAUUGUCUGUGUUCAUUUACCUUCUGCUGGAGAUAAAGUUCAGAUUUCAGCGAGUCUGUGAGUACGUCAGUGGCUUUAGUAGUUUCUGGUUGGAACCUGCAGUUUUGCAUUAACCACACUACUUCCUUAUGGUGGGGGAAACAGCAUCUUGGCAAUCCAUUCAGGAAGCAGAGGCUUCAGCAUGCAUCACACUCCAUUCUACACACUCACUGUUUCCCCACAAGUUUGGGUGGAGCUCAGCUGUGAAGCAGCUACAAUUAGAAAAGGUCUCUCGCUUUCAGAUCUUGACUAAUUUGGAAUUAGCUCACAGUAUCACAGCAGGCUAAACGAGGCCACACUCAUGUGUCCUAAGGUGGUUUUAUUUAUUUAAUAAUGCUUUAAAAACCCUGAGAAACUUUAUUACCUAUUAACUCAUAAAAAUAAAGGUUCCUACAUAGUCCAUGGCUUGGAUGCAUGGCUUAAAAACAUAAUAUAAUUAACUUUUCUAUUGUAUAGAGGUUCUUUACACUCAUACAUCUCAUUUACCAAAAUGGUUCUUCAAGAACUAUGCCAAAAGGAACCAGAUGUUAUUCCAUGACAUCACUGCAAAGAACCCCUUUUUGGGACCUUUAUUUUUAAAGUGUUUGUGAACUGAUGUAUAUAAAUUUUUGAUUCCAGUAUAUAUGAAAAUUAAUGGUAUACAUUAGGUGUGGGCAGUGAGAUGAUAUUUAUAGUUAGAAAUCAUAUCACAUAAUGCUUUUCCCAAGGAUAUCAUCAAUAUUGUCAGUACUUCAAAAUGAUGAAAAACAGUGUGUUUCAUUAAAAAGAGUACAUAAUUAGACCUGUUUAAUUCAGUUUAGAGCAGUGUGAGAUCUCGCUUAAAAAUCACUGUAGUCUUUGAUAGUGUUUUCCUGUAGCUGUUUCAUCAAACUUCAGAAAAACUAAAUAUCAUGAUGCAUGUUAUGUAUCAAGAAAAUGUAAACUUUUGUGAUGUUAUGUUUUCAACCAUGUUAUCCACCUCUUCUUUAAAUACAGUGUUUAAGCAUGUUUCAUUACUGACAAAUGUUAACUGCUUGAGCUGUGUCUGUGAAUUUGAAGCUACAAACACAUCUCCAAAUCAACCUUUCAGCAAAUGAAGUGACACGCUUUUUCUAAAAAUGAGUGUACUCUCUGUGGACGGACAAAAUAAAGCUCUUAAGGACU